CUGGGCGGGUCCCCCAGGGAGUCAUCCGGACACAAAGGCGAGCUCCAAGAGGGUCGUUACCUUGAGACUAAAGUAGUACAGAUUCUUCACUGAUCGUGGGAGUUUAGUGUCUAUGCAAAGCAUUCGCCCUUCUCAAGAGCUGCUCACACAGUAGUUUAAAGUAACCUCUAAGAGCCAGCAAGCCAUUGUCCCAAGGUCACCGAGUGUUGUACUGUUGUGGCAGCCUGCAGAAUUUCAGCCCUUCCCCUUAAGAAAAGGCACUUCAGACUUAGAGGUAUGUCAUGUAUAAAAGUGGAUUAAUUCCAUGUUAAGUGAAAAUGGCCAAUUCGUUAAGAGGAGAAGUACUGACUCUUUAUAAAAAUCUGCUGUAUCUUGGACGGGACUAUCCAAAAGGAGCAGACUAUUUUAAAAGGCGAUUGAAGAACGUUUUCCUUAAAAACAAGGAUGUGAAGGACCCAGAGAAGAUCAAAGAACUUAUUGCACGAGGAGAAUUUGUAAUGAAGGAGCUAGAGGCCUUGUACUUCCUUAGGAAAUACAGGGCUAUGAAGCAACGUUACUAUUCAGAUACCAAAGUCUGACCAAUCGUUGCCACCAGCUGACAAUCAGUGCUGGUUGUUUGCCUGUACCAACUAUUAAAAAAAUAAUUCAGUUUAAAAGGGCGAGAUACGUUUUUAAAAAAUGAGUUGCGAGC